AUGGUCGAUCGCGCGGGGCUAGCCAGUAAGGGGAAGGAUGGAAAGACUAAAUAUGCUUCGCUUAAUUUGUAUAAUACUUAUAAAGGAAAGAGUUUAGAAACCCAUAAAGCAUCAGUCAGCCGAGGACAUGGCUUGCAAAGUCUUGGUAAAGUUAGCAAUACUCGGCGUAUGCCACCACCAGCCAACCUACCUAGUUUAAAGAGUGAGCACAGUGGUAACGAUCCUAACGUUAAUAUAGUACCUUCUGGAGGAUCAGGAUGGGGUUCAGGAGGCAAAGAAGAGAAGAAAGCAGACAGUUCUGGAGGUCAGCCACCAGAGACACAAGCAGCAGCAGCAGCAACUGCUACAUCAUCACAGGGGCAACAACAAAAUCAACAACAACAACAACAACAGCAGCAGCAGGCACAAUCGCAACAACAAAUAAAUACACAGAAGACUCCACAAGAAUCAACACAGAACAAAUCUUCAACUUCUUGGGUCUCAGUCGCAGGGGCUCAAGGAGAUACGAAACCGAGGGGCAGGGGAAAGAGUCGGAGUUCAGUCUUCAAUCAAGAAUUCCCAUCACUAGGCAGCGGGGAUGUACCUGCGGAAUCCGACCAAAAAGCAACAAACAAGGAAGCACAAUAUGGUCCUGGACCAAGCCUAAGACCACAGAAUGUUGGAAAUUGGCGAGAAGGCGGAGGGUCAAUAAACAAAGGCAGUGCAAGUGUGGACACUGGAGGAGACCAAGGUGGCGGUCUAAAGCAAGAUAGAGGAGACAAGGACGAGAGAGAAAAUGUUACACCCAGUGGUAAUAUUCCACCACGUAUGGGCAUGAACGGUGCUCAAGGUGGUCCAAUGCAGGGACCACCACCACAAUAUAGGGGCAUGAUGCCCCAUUACAUGUAUAGAGGCGGUUUUCAGGGAGGUCCACCCCCAGGAAAUUAUCCACCCAAUAUGCCAGGCAUGCAGGGGCAUCCAAGACAUCCAUAUCCACAAGAUCCUAGAUACCACAGUGGACCAGGAAGGGGACAUCCUGCACAACAGCAGCAGCGUCAGGUUGAUGUAGGUGAGGACUAUGCUAGGCCUGCUAUAAUUAGUGCUGCCAAUCUGAAAGAAUUGGAUCAAUUAGAGAAUGACACCGAUGACAGUGGAUGGGCUGGAGCCCAUGGAGAAGUAGAUUAUACAGAGAAAUUAGUUUUCAGUGAUGAUGAGGAUUCUCAGCCACCAACACCGAGGAAAGAUUUAGAAGUAAUUAGAGAUGGAAAAGAUAGCCGAGAAGAUCUGGAGAAAGACAAUGAACAUGUAGAAGAAAGGAGGCGUACAACAAGUGGCUCACAGGAUUCAGAUUCUCAAAGAUCCAGUACUCCAAGGGAUGCUUGGACCGAACAACAAGGUCAACGAGGAGCUGCUAUAAAUAGGGGACCACCAACUGAUCGGCCUGGAUUUGAUGCCCAGAGAUGGAAUAGAAUGCAGCAGCCACCCUUUGAUCAAAGAGGCCCACCUCCAGGGCAUUAUCAACAUCCACUGCCACUUCCACAGUAUCAUAGGCCUCCUCCACCACAGCAGGGAGCUUUUCCACAUCAAAGGUUACCGAACACUCCAGAAAUUGAUGAGGAUGAAUCAUGGAGGCAGCGAAGGCAAAAGCAACAUGAUGAAAUGUCAUCAGCAAUUGAGAGGGCACGGCAAAGAAAAAUUGAAGAGGAGCGCAGAUUGGAAGAAGAACGCAAACAAGCUGCUGCUGAGAAGCUAAGGAGACUUGAAGAAAGGUUAUCUGGCUCAGAAAAAGGGGAUGGAGAAAAAGAUGAUAUUGAUCCGAUGGAUUUCCCUAAAGAACUUCCCAAAAGGCAAAGAACAGAGAGUGGUAGCAGUGACGGUUCAAGGCAUGCCAGAGAAGGCAAAGGAUCGCAUGAUGGUUAUCAACGAGGGCAACCUGGUUUUCAAAGAUCAAUGCAAAAAAAUCUUCCCCCACGCUUUCAAAAACAACAAGAGCAAAUAAGGCAACAACAAAUGCAGCAGCAGCAACGCCAGUCACAGCCACCUCAACAACAACAACAACAACAACAGCAGCCGCCACAGCCACCUCCACAACAACCACAGCAUCCACUUCCUCCAUCAGGGCCAAUGAGUAUGGGGUUUGAUCCAAGGGAUCCACGAGCACAAGCAUGGGUGAAUAUGCAUGGAAUGCCACCACCACCUCCGUUCAUGCAAGAUCCAAGAGCAAUGGGAAUGCAGCCCUCCGCACAAGGUAUGCCAAUGCCGCCUGAUAAAAGAAUGAUGCAGCGUGUACGUGCAGAUAGUACAGGAUCCGGCUCAGAUAGUCACGACAGUGGACGUCAUACGCCUGAUUCCCAUGAUAGAAGGUGGGGUACACCAUCCUAUCCACAACAUCUGCCAAUGAUGCCAUUCGAUGGUGACAUGCGUAGAUAUCCACCUCCUUAUGGAAGGCCGCAAUAUGAUCCUCGCCAAGAUUUUGAUGGACGGCAGCCACCACGGGAAGAUUCCAAGCAUCAAGAAAGUGAAGACGGGUUAAAUGAAAAUGACCAGAAAGAUGGUGAUGGUUCAUUAAAUGAUCGUCAACGUGAGCGUGACAGAGAGCAUCGUCCUCAGAGGGAGGAACAUUAUCCAGGGCCACGGGUUCAACAUGAUCCCUUUGAUGAUAAUGUUCAUGAUCAACCAAGACCUUUACCAUUCUCAAGGACGCCAGAAUGGGCUGGUCCUCCACCACCUCAUCCAUUUCCACAUCCAGCAAUGUACAGAGCACCAUUUCCAACACAUCCUCAGGAUCCAUAUUUUUGGCAACAUAUAGCUUCUCACCAUGGUGUACCACCACAAAAAGUCAGGACAGUUGAAUCAGGCCAACAUGUGGCAGCAAAUGCAGAUGAAGAACGAGACAAACAAGAUGUUCAUGAGAAUGAAAACCAUAUUGAUCACAAAGAAGUUGAAAGGAAGGAGCCUGGUAAAGAAAAAGAAGUGAAGGAGGAACCGAUUAAAACUGAUCAGAGGCAAGAAAUUAAAAAAGAAGAAAGGAAAAAGGAUUCCAAAACCGAAGAGCACAAAAUUGAAAAAACUGAGAGUCUUGGCAAAGCAGAAGAGACUGAAAAGAUAGAUAAAACAAAAGAAAAGCCAGAACCUAAAGAGAGGAGAAAAGAAGAAUUCAAGCAAGAUUCACGAGACAGAAAGUUCAGUAAAGAAUACGAGAAAAAAGACAGCAAAGACAGAGAUUCAAAAACAGUUAAUCGUAGAGACGGUCACAGAGAUGGCCAGAGAGAUGGUCACAGAGAUGGCCAGAGGGACGGUCACAGAGAUGGCCAGAGGGACGGUCACAGAGAUGGCCAGAGGGACGGUCACAGAGAUGGCCAGAGGGACAGUCACAGAGAUGGCCAGAGGGACAGUCACAGGGAUGGCCAGAGGGACAGUCACAGGGAUGGCCAGAGGGACAGUCACAGGGAUGGCCAGAGGGACGGUCACAGGGAUGGCCAUAGGGACGGUCACAGGGAUGGCCAUAGGGACAGUCACAGGGACAGAGAUGGAUAUAGAGACAGAGUUGACAAGCCUUCAAGAAAAGAAUGGAAAAAAGACAGCACUCCUCGUUCUGAUCGAUUUAGAGUAACAUCUUCUCGUGGGAGAGGAGGGGUGCGUGGUCGUGGUGUUGAGUUUGGUUACAGGGGAGCUCCUGGUAGAGGAUACAGUAGCAGGAGUAGUAGAGGCAGGGAAAAAGAUUUUAGAAGGGGGUCUGGUAGAGAUGUUCGAAGUACAAGAGUUGAGAGAGAUCAUCGGAAAGGAAAUGAUAGUGGAGGAGAGGCUUCUGAAUGUGAAGAAAGUCCCCAAAGGAGAAGACAGCAUGGCGAGGAGAGUGAAUCAGGUGAAGAGGAAGUGAGCCAAACUGCGAGUGAAUCAUCUCAUGAAAAGGAUGAAAAAUCAAAAGACAAGGAGGAGAGUGCUGUAGAAGGGGAUGAAAUAAAAGACAAAACCAAGGAGAAUAAACUUGAGAAAGAGUUGAAAAAUGAGAAGAAAGUUGAAGCAAGGAAUAAAGUUGAACAUGAUCAUGGAUCUCACUAUAAUGGAGGUUUCCGGCCUAGAGGAGAACCCUCAAGACGAGGCAGAGGAGCAGGGGGUGGUCCAGCAAGAGGCGGGCGAGGUCAUUUAGGGGGAAGGGGGUCAGGCCCAAAAAACUUUAGAACAGGAAGAAAUGAAACGGAUGUAGGAAGGCAAAGAAAUAACAAGGAUUCACCAAAGAAAUAUGACUAUGAUAUAAAGGAUGAAGAGAAAUAUAAUAAGUCUAAUAGGGACAAGAGGCCUGACAGAAGAGAGCCGCCAAGGUUUAUUCGUCACGAGCGUCCUCCACGUUUUCAAAAGAAACCAGAAACUCGGAUGACCAGAAGUGGCACAGCUUGGGUAAACAGAUCUGAAGGAAUGCGUGGACGCAGCAGGGGGAGGGGUAUGCCAUCAGGAUUAACAUCACCAAAAAGCAAUAAUCCUCCAGUUCUAACAAGUCAGAAUUCAUCAGACCAAGCCAACGAGGAAUGGGAAACGGCGUCAGAAAGCAGUGACUUCAGUGACCGCAAAGAAAAGAAGAAAGAUAACUUUGUAAAUAAAGAUGAGAGAGAAAAUAGGGAGGAUAAUGGUUUUCAGCCAAAAAAGGACUCGGCACCGACUCGGAGUUUCUCUCAUCAGAGACCAGCCAAUGACAGGUCAUCAAAAAGAUCUGCAAGUUCUUCAGAAAGAAGACCUGGUAGAGAUGGUGGCAGAAAUUCAUUGUCUAGGGAUGGAACCAGCAAUAAUAAACCAAGAUCAACUGAUAGAAAGUUCUCUUCAGGUUCUGGUAGAAAAACUAAUAGUUCAUACAGAUCACAACGUAAUAAUGAAAACAGUGGUGAGAUGUUGGAUACUUACAACAGAGUGGAGAGUGCAUACAGGGUGGAUGAAAUAAUACCAACUGAUCCUAUUGCCAUACAGGCAAGAUGCUUUGUCAGAUUUAUCGAACAGAACCAAGGCAAAGAAAAAAGAAAGUGA